UGAACCGGUUAAACCAGGCGAAAGUUUAGGACGGCAGAAUAUUCCAUUCACUAUCAGUGAUAUUAAUAUUGACCCUCCCAACACAUACGAAGACGUCAUGCGGAGAUAUCAGGAAUUCAAGAAUGCCUUGAGGGAAGACACGGUUGACUAUUCAACCUACUCAGCAAACAUCAAGAGGAAACGGCCACCCUCCACGAGUGCAAGACGAGGGAAGGCUGUCCGAAUGGCAGAUAUGGAUGAUGAAGAAGGCUAUGAUGAUGAAGAUUGGGGUAACAGUGUGGGCAGGAUGAACAAGAGUGCCGGCAAGAGAGGUAGUUACAUGAGAACGAGGCAGCGACAACAGUUGUAAGUACUUAACAGGUAAAAGCUAACAUGUACAGCUCAUAGAAUGGGAGUGGAGCGAAAGUUUAGAAGUUCCCUAGAUUGAAAACAGCCCUAUUGAUCAUAAUUAGUGUUCAUCUGUUCAUAGUAGUUAUUUUGUUACUACAAGAAGAAUAUUACUAUAGAAUAGGGAAAUUGAAAUUUGUUACUCUAUCCCUAGGGAACAUGGGGAAAUUUUUGUUUGUUUAGGGCGAUGGCAGUUGUACAUUAUGUUGAUAUAAUCUCAUAAUGAAGUCAUCUCCCUUUAUCAUUUGUUUGUGUAAUACUCAUUUUUUUAGUUGUUUUGAAUAGUAAAAUAAUCUUGGGCUCCUGAUUCA